UGGUAAUCUGCAGGGAUCACCACUUUUUAACACAGGCUAACUUCUUACUUUACACGUUAUGGAAGGCAUCAAGUAUGGCUUCAAGCAUUUUAAAGUAUUCACAACAUUGUCGAGUGCAAUUUAAGAUACCUUACUUCUGAACUGGUGUGAACCGCCAACGUACUGUUUACAGCACCCGCUGGGUUAAAACGUAUGUUCACUUUUUAAAUCUCUGGAUUAAAGUAUAUUGCAUUUUCAAGUUCAAAAAUUAAAAAUAUUAUUGCAUAAAAAUAAUGCACUUUUUUUCUCUUUCCACAAGUUACCUCCAACAGAUUAUUAAAGGUAGGUGGAAAAUUUAUUUAGAGCAUGAUGAACCCAGCCGUUAGCAGGAAGGCGGCACAACAACGUCAGCGGCGCACCUACAGAGUGAGAAGAGAUAUUUUCGCUGAGUACGACGAUGCUGAGUUACUGAAAAGAUUCAGAUUGGACCGUGCUGGUAUUGUUGCAGUGACUGAUAUAGUGAGAGACAAGCUGCAAAGUAAAACUGAAAGAAAUAGAGCCUUGACCCCUGAGAUGGUGGCCAUCACAUUACGAUAUUUAGCCACAGGAAAAAUGCAACAGUGCAGUUGUGAUGAUUUUGGAACAACGCAGCCCACUAUCAGCCGUGCAAUAUCACAGACAAUUGAUGCACUGGCUGACCCAGAAGUAAUCUGCCAGUUCGUGGCUUUCCCUCACACCCAGCGUGAAGUGCAGCAAAAACAGGCAGAGUUCAUGCAAGUAACUCAGUUUCCCGGUGUUGUGGGAGUGAUUGAUGGCACUCAUAUAAGAAUUGUGUCUCCUCAUGUCGAUGAACAUGUAUAUGUGAACAGGAAACGCUAUCACAGCAUAAAUGUGCAAGUAGUAUUUGAUGCUCACUAUAAGAUUCUUGACAUUGUGGCAAGGUGGCCUGGCUCAGUCAACGAUGCAAGAAUACUAGAUAAGUCAGCACUCAAACUGAUGUUUGAGGAACAACAUGUACCUGCAGGAUGCUACCUUCCCGGGGACAGUGGCUAUCCCUGUAAGCAGUGGCUCCUCACUCCUUACCUUCGCCCUCAAACUGUUGCACAAGCUAAUUAUAACAGUUCCAGUACCUUACGAUGCAGCCGAGGGGACUGACGCCACCACCACCACUGCCACCACCGCCACAACAAGGGUUAUUCGAGUGGGGAACAUGCUUCAGGUGUUGCCCCAAAAUGCCUCAGCCCCGCAGCCCCACUUCCCCAUGAUAGUGCAGGCAGGGAAUGUCAUACAGGUUGUUCCAGCUGACAACACGCAGGUAUUAGGGGCAGAAGUCGUUGGAGUUGGUCGGGUCAUGCAAGUGGUCGGAGUCCCAGGCUUUCCCCCGACCCCAGCCCCAGACCCCUGCCCCAACCACCCCUCUCCCUGUGACCCCUGCCCAGUCAUCCCUCACCCCCUCCUGCCCCCCUGCGGUGCUGCCAGCCGGGGUGAUGGGAGGUGGAGGUGGGCCACACACACCUGGGUUAGCUGUGGCUUGGCUUAUCUCCCUCCUCAGCAGCAAAUCCCGAGGAUCAACGAGGACAUGGUGGACCCAGAGAUUGCAGCAGCAGCGAGAGAGAGAGAGAGAAGCAAGAGAGGAGGGAGAGGAAGGAGAGGAGGAGGAGAGAGAGGGAGGCCAGGAGGGAGGCACGUCAGAGAGAGAGGGAGAGGAAGAGGUUGAUUCUGUUACAACAACAACUGCAACAACAACAACAGUUAGUCAGUGAGGAGGGGGAGGGGCCGUCCUCUGAUGCUGAGGAUGAGGUAUUGUUCAGGGAGGCCAUGUCGGAGGUGCCGGUGGUGGGGUCGCCAGUUCCGGAGUACGAGGUGGAGGAGGAAAAGGAAGAGGAGGACGAGGAGGAGGCACGGAUAAGGAAGAAGAAAAGAUUAUUACCUGUAGCCCUCCCUCCAGCUGAUAAGGGGAUAUUAAGGAGCCCUUCCUACAGGUUCGUUCGAUGCAAGGAGUUGGCACAGGAGGCGUCCGAGGCUGUGUAGAGCGGCCGUCUGAACCUGGUGCCACAGCUUACUAUGUUCAACAGAUGCCUGAAGGAAGUGUGUGUAAGGGAGGAUAAAGAGAUCAUGCUGGCCUAUGCAGACGAUGUCGCUGUCGUGACAGGAAGCCAACAAGAUCUUCAAGAGGCCAUGACAAGAUGGAAUGAUGUUUUAAAUAGGGAAGGAAUGAGAAUGAACAAACAAAAAACUUAUUUACUAGUGGACAAGCAACAAGUGAUGGUGUGGCUCUGAGCCACUGUAGUAGGGAUGUUAUGGUUUAAGUGUAGGAAGUUGCAAAUGCUCACCUAACAAUUGCACCUUAGUAGAAAAACACAAACAGGAAGUUUAUGCAAGUUUUUAUCCUUAUAUAAAAUGUUGUAUUGCAUCAAACCUCCAUACAUUACUGUCUCUAUCCAGUAUGAGACCGGUGUUCAGGAAGCACAAGCAUGUGCUGAAUAACAAGAAGCCGGCAUUGGUGAAGGUGACAACAUUUCAUCUAUUUAUACAUACUUUUUAUUAUUAAAGCUUAUCUUAUAAUUAUUUCUGAAGAGAUUGACUAAUUUUUGUAGUAUUUAUGACUUAGAACUAUGAUAAAGCUAUGAAUUGAUAUAAUUCCUGAUUUGUUUUAUCUUUUCAUUAUCCUUCCUUUGUUAAUUGAGCAUUUUAUAUUACUUAGCUUAAAAAUGCAAGAACGGUUCAGAAGUAUCCAACCUUGGGCUAAGGGCCAAAAUUAUGGUAUCAUUCAAAAUGUCCUUCAAAGAAAGCCCUCUGUAAUCCAACACACUUAGCCCAUUAAUCCUUCCAUUUCUCAUCAAUUUGUUCAACAUUCAUAUUUUUCCCUUAUAGGGUUGAACAAUUUUCAUGGGUUCAGAGCAAAAGGCUUCCUCAUUCCUCCCCAAGGUAUUCUCGGAUGGUAAGCAGGUUUGACUCUGGAGCAAACCUGACCAAGGGCUACUGCCCAAGGCUACAGAGGUUCCUCUCCCUGAGGCUGAAUGCACCAUGUGAGAUGGUUCUGUUAUGUGGAUGAAUGUCAUGGUGGAUAGCAGUGCCACCACAUUCCUACAAUCAUCCAUCACUCCACUGCUCAAACGCUUCUGCAACCAAUGAUAGGUAUGCUGCCACAUUCUGCAUGGUCUCCUUGGCUCUCAGAUAAGGAUACUGUCAACAGGUUUGGGAUUGCCAAAAAAUCAUAAGGAGCUAUGUCUGAAAAGUCCAGAGAGAGAGAGAGAGAGAAAGAAUGAGCAAGAGAAAGAGUAGGAUGAAGCAAAGGAAGAGUCAAGAGGGAGGAAGAGAGAGUAGGACAAGAAAAAACAGAACAAAUAAAUCCCCUACACGUCUUGUCUCCAUUCACACAAGCCAUGAAAAGCUUGUCCAUCCCUGAGUGCUCAGAAGCAGUGUUCCACUGAUGAUGUGGAAACUUGAGACACCCAAUCAUUUAAUGGGCUUUAGUAGGUUUUGUCACCAGUCUUCUGUGUGUCACUGACUACAUUUUGAAAUUUUUAUCUGUUCUAUUUAAUUUUGUGUGUAUGUACACAAUGUUUAUGGUCAAUAAACUAUUUAUAAAACUAUUUAUCUGUGUGAGUAAGAUAAAAGCAGUUAUUGUUAUUAUUAUUAUUAUUAUUAUUAUUAUUAUUAUUAUUAUUAUUAUUAUUACACAUUUUCCUCCUUGUAUUUAAAUAUUAUUAUUAUUAUUAUUAUUAUUAUUAUUAUUAUUAUCAUGAAUUGUUCUUGUUUAUAAAUAAAAUACUGUAACUGA